GAAGAAAGUUCAGCUCAAAGAUAAAACACACAUCCGAGAAUGAGGUGUAAAUUAAUUCCGCGGUGCUGCAUCAGCACAUUCGUGUAUGUUUUUUCAAUAAUUGUGAUCAGUGUUGAAUCAAAACCGAGUGAUUUGUACGAAGAACCGGUUGUUCUUACGGGAUUGGGUCAUGUGCGGGGUAGUGUGCUACGGUCCCGAUUAGGGGAAUUGUUUUAUGCAUUCCGUGGAAUUAGAUAUGCGAAAUCGCCAGUCGGUGAUCUUCGAUUCAAAGCACCCGAACCUAUUGAACAGUGGGACAAAGUUUUCGAUGCCACACGCGAUGGACCUAUGUGCCCCCAACCAACCGAUGAUUGGACUGAAGUAUCCGAAGACUGUUUACGACUGAACAUUUACACGCAUGAAAUAUCGAAAAAAUCAUCGAACACAACCGUUAAAAAACCGGUAAUCGUUUACAUCCAUCCUGGUGGAUUUUAUGGUGUUUCGGGUCAGAGUAAAAAUUUCGCUGGUCCGCAAAUCUUAAUGGAUCGUGAUAUUGUCUUGGUGACAAUGAACUACCGAUUGGGUUCGCUGGGUCUGUUGAGUUUGGGUACGUCUGAGUAUCCAGGAAAUGCUGCUUUUAAAGAUCAAGUACUGGCGCUGAAAUGGGUGAAAUAUCACAUCAGUCACUUUGGUGGCGAUCCGAAUUUAGUGACUCUGAUGGGUUAUUCUGCUGGAGCCGUAGCUGCAUCUUUGCACAUGGUGUCACCAAUGUCUAAGAGCUUGUUUCAUCGAGCAAUUAUAAUGGGUGGUGCAGCGACAGCUCAAUGGAAGAUACCCAAACAUCAAUUAGAAAUUGCAGAGCGUCAAGCCAAAAUACUAGAUUGUCCUAUUGAUUCCAUGGAUGACAUGAUGGACUGUUUGAAAUCGAGACCGGCACGAGACUUCGGGAACAGUCUGGUCAAUAUGUUCGAAUUUAGCCACGGCAAUCCGAUAUUGAUCUGGUAUCCAGUGAUUGAGAAAGACUUUGGACAGGAACGGUUCCUCAUUGAAAAUCCCACAAAGCUUAUGCGUCAAGGACGAUUCAUGAGAGUGCCAGUCAUUGCUGGCAUUACCGAACAUGAGUUUCUUGGUCCAGCAAUUGCUAUUCUGAAGAGCGACGAAGAUCGUCUGAAAUUCGAUUCGAAUUUUUCGACCUAUGCGCCGAUUUCCUUUUUGUACGAACGAAACACCAAUCGAUCGGAGGAGAUAAGUGCCAAAUUACGGAAGGAGUAUUUGAACGAGGCAUUCUUUGAUGACCAGUCAUCACUCGCUGGCCUAAGUCAUCUUUUCUCCGACGGCGUUGUUGGCUUUGGUGUUCAUCGAUUCGUAAAACUGGCAGCAGCAUUUACACGAGUUUAUUAUUAUCGACACAGUUAUGUCGGACGGUUCAGUCAUGUGUAUUAUCCCGAUAAUAAGCCAUAUGGUGCGGUUCACCAUGAUGACUUGUUGUAUUUGUUUGCGGUCCCAUCUGUAGCGAAAAUGUUCAAAAUAACUGACCCGGAAAAUUUACAUGUUGAAAGAUUCACCCGAAUGUGGGCGUCUUUUGCAUUGAGGGGCGAUCCAAAUCGACUGAACGAUGAAGUGAUCAGAGACAUUCGAUGGAGACAAAUGCUGCCGAACCGGUUCAACUAUUUGGAUAUGGGCGAAGAGUAUCAAAUGAAAGAUAAAAUGUAUGCGGAACGGUAUGCGAUUUGGGAUGGACUGUUUCCGUUGCCCAAUCGUAGACGGAGCAAGGAAAUGGUGAAGUAUAGUCCGUUGAACAGCAAUAAUUUGGUUGGAUAAUAUUUAUAAUAAAUUUAUAGCCGUAAGUUAAUGGGUGAAUUAUUUGCAGCAAUAAAUUACCUUUUCAAUUAA